AGUGUUGGCGCCAGCGAGCGAAGCGUGCGUCGCGUAUUUUACUCCGUGUGGUGCGAUAAAAUAUUUCCGGACCCGUGCACGUGUUCUUUCGCCGACGCAGCCGGCGGUGCAGCGAGCUGUAGAUCGACUCUGCAGCUUUCCUGCCGACCAAGCACGCCGUGUCAGCACCGUGAAGAAAAAGAGGAAGUGAAGCCACGUGCGUUGUUUACGUUUGUGUCUACCUGCUGUGGUCAGAGCACAUCUACCCGUCCUCGGGGCCCGCCACCAACGACGUUGGCGCAAGGAAGACCGGCAAGGAAACGCUUGUGUCGCUGAGAAAGAGUGCAAACCCGAGAAUAGUUUGUUCCACCCCGGCGUCAUACUUCCCUUUUUACUGUGCAUUGCAAGUGCUUCAUACCCCACCAAGGCCACCACAGUCGACGACAGGGAUAGCGGUGCACCAGUGGACAGGUUACGUGUCUGUCAGCAUCGGCCUCCGUUCCGUCAAGGGGAGGGAGCAAGAAGUGCCGCGCUUUACUGGCAGCCCGAAAAGCGGGCCCCAUUGUGCCGGCGCUGCGUGAGAUCGUCGCCCGUCGCUUCGCGAAUCAAAUCGCCAGGGUCGAACGGCGUGGCCCGGGCGACGUUGUCAGUCGUCCCGUGGCGGUGUUGCACUCAUCGGCGCCUCCCGUCGCCAUUCGUCCCGUGAUUACCGGUUCCGCGCGCUGUGGGCUGCGGCCACUGUCGCGACCCGUGCAAGAAAAAAGGAGCAGAGAACAACGCCAGGAUAUUGCCGUGCGCUGCCGUGUCGUCCCGUGAGGCAGUGUUAAAGUGCGGAAAGCUUCCGGUGUCGUUUCCGUGAAACUGCGCUGGGUCGCGGUUGUGUUUUUUUCGUGUUUGCUGAGUGCGCAUUGCUGCAGUGACGAGUGGGGGAUUGAGCGUGGAAAUUGCGUCGCCGCGGGCAUGUUAGUGUGGAGCGACGCGCCGGUGGACAUCAUAGGGUUCCUGAGAGCCCGGCUAAAUAACUGCGGUUGUCAUCGCUGGAAAUGACUAGGACGCUCGCCGUAUUCGAGUCCACUCUCUAGGACAUUCCAAAAGGCAGGUGUAUCCCGAGGGAAGGUGUUUCUAGCUGGCAGAGGGCGCACCAUAGGAACCAGCCAUUCCUGAGGGGGGCAAGUCACGUGCGCCGGCCGCCGACAGCCGGCCCCAAGAUACCAGAAUGUUGGAGGGGUGCGGGAAAGUAGUCAAGUAUGCACUCUUCGUGGCCAACUUCAUCAUCAUGGUUGGCGGAGUGGUGGUGUUCGCGGUGGGCAUCUGGACCCUGGCCGACCGGUCCUUCAUGGAGCGGCUCCUGGGCACGGACCUGUACGUCAGCUCGGCGUCCAUUCUCAUCGCCACCGGGGUCGUCGUCACUAUAAUCUCCUUCCUCGGCUGCCUCGGCGCCUUCAAGGAGAUCAAGUGCAUGCUUCUCACGUACUUCAUAAUACUCUUCAUGAUAUUCAUCACAAUGCUCGUCGGAGGCAUAUUAGGAUACGUCUUCAGGAAUGAGGUGGAUGACCGAAUGUACCAAGAAAUGGUCAUGUCCAUUCCCUCCUACAAGAACGACUCCGUCGUCACGGACGCAUGGGACGCAGUGCAGCAGCACUUCCAGUGCUGUGGCGUCCGACUACAAGCGAAAACUGAACCGUACCGAAUCUGGCAGCUCAAGAACUCGCACUUCAACGCGAACCACCAAGUGCCGGAGUCGUGCUGCAUGAAAAAGGAGUGGCUUCAUGCUUGCUCCAAGAAUCCCACGGACCGGGACACUUACAUGGACAGCUGUCACGAAAAAGUCCGGGACUUCGUCAAGGGACACGCUGUCAUUGUAGGUGGAAUAGGAAUCGGCAUCUCCUGCCUUUUAGUUGUCGGGAUGGUCCUGUCGUGCGCCAUGUUCCUCAUGAUCCGUUAAGCAACGAGCGGAGCCUAUCCAUGACGUCAUAUCCGGAGGCGACCUGGUGCCUACUCCUCGCUACAGUGCACACGCGUGCGCGUGCGUGUGUGCGCGCGUGCCUCGCUCCUCCUUCAACCAAAGGUGCCAACGACGGCUCUCCACGUCGCUGGCGUUGUUGAGUUUCACAGCGGCUUUCGCCCUUGAGUUUUGUUUAGUGUUUGCCCCCGGUCCGGCCACGCGACGACAAAGAAGACGAGCAAGACUGGAAGAACUCCUGGUGGCAGGAGGGAAGCUUCUGCAGCCACAGCCGCCUUUACAAUGAGUGGACACCGCUUUAGAAGUGCCUAUACUGGAAUUCACCAAAAAAAGAGAAAAAUGCUGGAGCACGGACAUUUUUAAACAAGCAAGGCGAGCUUUGUUUUCUUGCCAUUCCAGUGAGAAGUGCGCCGUUUCUGUUAAAGGUGUUUUUUGUUGCGCAAUUAUUACUCCCCCUCCUCCCCAUCUUCUUUUUUUUAAAAUUGUGUAUGGACUAUUACAUUCGUUGCGCCUGGAGUGCGGAGACGCUUCCUCAAAUCUCCUGCAUUGCGCGUUUGGUUGUGUGUAUCGCUGUGUCGUCAACUCGCGUUGUUUUUUCAUGCCGUUCCUGCUUGUCAAGCCUUCUGUAAUUUAUUAACUUUUGUACAGCUUUCUUAGACCAUGCCCCUGAGCCUGUUUAGUGGACAAGGGUUAUUUUUCUGAACAUAAUAACUUGCAUUUAUAAUCGUGUUAUAGACAGAAGAAUCAGUACUAUGGAGAACUACAGCACACCGUAAGCAUUAAUAAUCCCCACACCACAUGCGCGAUUCUCUACGCAGCUACGUUUCUUGCGCUGACAAUAAAGCUGCAUUGAAGGAUCCGAAUCCUUAAGAAAAACACAACGUCAUACAUCGAUACACGCAUCAUUUCCUUUGUUUUUUUUUAGGAGACCAUUACAGUUGCCAUCUUGUUCAUUUUCUCACGUUCUUAUCAUUUGAAUGCAUGCUACGACUGUAAGUUUUAACAAUGUUAGCCAGUCUAUGUGGCAAGAGAAAACAUAUCAGCUGAAACUCAAUUAACAGUGUUCAUUCAAUUUGUACGUUAACAUAAUGAGGUCGAUUUUGUUCGAUAUUUGUACUUAUCGAAAGUGCUUUGAGAGACUUACUGCGCUGCUAAGAUCUGACUGAAUGUGUUUCUCAUCUAGUCUUGCCUCUCUGUAUCACUCGAGGCAUGUCUGUAGUGUUUUCAUGUUUUAACAAGACCUUUUGCACUGCCUUAGUCUAGUUGUUUAUUCGCCAGCUUGCACACAUCUCAUCUAUGCUUGUGCGUUUUUGCCCACGUACGAGUGGCACUGCACAUAUCGUUUACACGAAAACAAGAAUGAGUUUUUGUUUUGUGAUAUGCCAUAUUUUGUCAUCUGGCAGUUAUAUAACAGUCCAGAGGAGGAUGAAAACAGCCUUUCAAAACACUGGGACCAAUGCACGAUAACCCGUACCGUACUCUGCCUUACGCAUUGAACGCUCCUAAACACUGGUGGUGUUAAAAUGUGUUGUACAUUUACGCAAGUUCAUUGUUACGUAUCAAAUGUGUUGACAACACGGGAAGCAGUUGGGACGGCCCAUGCAAACAUGGGACAUAGAUAAGCGCAAUACACAAACAUACCGCAAUGUUUAAAAUCUUCCGGGACGGUUUGUAUUGUAGACAUUACCCUUGAGCGACCAGGGCUCCCAUGCCGAAAAAAAGUGAUAUGUUCUCACACGCUCCUUUACCUAUGGCUGAAGCAUAGCGCAUAAGAGCCAUUGACCCAGCCGCGCAACGGGUUCACUAUAAGUGAUUUUCGUUGUAUGAUCGAGGAAUCAUGGCAGAGAAUGACGUCAUGGGGGAAUACGCACGUACGUGUAUGACUCUAAAUGUGAAUAAUGUGAAUUUGAACGUCAGUUAUUCUCCACAACCUCCUCGUGUGCAAAGAAAAAAAAAAUCCGCGUUCGUCGACCAAUUAUGAGACGCGGCACUUGCGCACGUCCUCACAAAUAUCUCGUUACGUCACGUCGCGAGACGAGAGAGAAAAUCUCGCACAAUCGCGCUCACCCUUCUCGAACUCGAUGUCUGUCCUCAUUCGUGCUCUUAUCGUCAAAUAUAAUCACAGUCUGCGAAUAAAACGUAUGUGUGUCUCAUUUUUCGAUUGCUCGUGUAAAAGCUGUUGUGGCUUUAUCCAAAUCGCAGUCUUGUUGAUAACCACAGUUGUCUACGUUGGCCACUACGAUCCUUGAAAAAUAUUAGAGGUACUCGCGUGACAGAAAAUGGAAGUCGAGUGUUCUUUCUCAAACGCAAACGUGUAAUUUGCUGUGUCACUGUCGCUGUCGAAGUGUAAAGACAAGUUAAUUUUGAUGUUAUAUACACUUGCCUAAAAUCUUUCAUUGUGUCCAAGGUGCCGAUAAGUGUGCAUCCGCUGACGUUAAGUGUGAUGGCUGUCGCAAUGUACAAUUUGUUACCUUGUGUUUUGAAAAGCUACAUCAUUUUCGGUUUGAAUAUUAUUCACGAGAUGUGUAGGGAUUCCUCGUUUUUUUUUUCUUAUCGCACUACUGUUAUUUCAAAUAUUGUAUGUGCACAUGUCAUGCUCUUUCAUUAAAUGAUAAUGCAGUGUUGCUUUACACCAUCAAUGUAGUUUGCCUUAAUUGAGCAAGCAUUUACUGUUGAGGCGCUCCUUGAGAAGUGCCAUUUGCUCUGUCUAUAUAAGCAUUAUAAGCAAUGUACUAGAUUUAGAUGUUUCCAAGUGUAAAAUAUGUAGCUGUGCUCUCCCAUAGCCCAACUUGUGUCUGUAUUAAUGAUGUACUAUGUAUGAUGCCCAGAACCUACUGGUCAGAGGGCGCGAGAGCGCUAUGUUGUUGUGUUUUUUUUUCUUCUCGACACUCUGUCACUUCUUGGCAAUGUAAAUUAUCUUGCGUUGUCUUUUGAAUAUUUAUUUCAGAAAUAAACAGUUCGAAAGCGCGA